CGCGCCGCACAUUCUCCAGUUCGCCUUCUGCCCGUCUGCCGGCCACAAGUGCCAGCUAUCGUUCCGCUCGCUCAUCACACGGCUGCCGCUCGACGACGACGUCGCUACUUGCUCGCUCGCUCGCUCCGUGACCACCGACGCCGCCGCCGCUGCCCCGCCCCGCGCCCACUGUGAGAGCGCGCGCGUGUGUAAUUGAUUCCAUAAUCUGUCCCAGUCUAAUUUCGCGCGCCAGUCCGUGUGCGUCGUCGUGUCCGUCCGUCUUGGUGUUUUGCGGUGCGUUGUUCUCGUGUCUCCGCGCGACCGACCGCCAAAAGUCGCGUACGACUAUUUUAUUGAUAUUGCUAAUUUUUUUUUUUCGUAAACCGUGUGCGUUGGUUUAUGUGCUCCGGUGUUUGAAUAAUUAUUUUUUGCGAAAAACAUUUUUUUUUUCGAAUACCAGCGAUUGUGCGUAAUUAUUUUUUUUCAAUUAUUCAAUCAAUUAUUGGUUAUACCCGGUUCGUGCCGAGAUCGUUUACGAUAUUAAUGGUGCACAACUGUUCCGGACACAUUUUCGGAUUACCGUUCUUCCGCUCCGGAUUCACCGAAUGAUAUGCUAUUGGUGAAUCACGUCUCAAAUGCUUGUGGACAUGAGACCCGUUGAGUCCAGCGAGAACAUUACGAUUAUGGACGAGAUCGACGAGCUGUUAGGCACCCGGAGGAGUUACGGCUGGAACUCGGGUUCGCGGCCAUCGAUGAUCAGUGCCAAGUACCGGCUGAAAGAAGAGAGGCGUAAGGUGCUCAAGAUAUCUGUGAACAAGAUGAAGAAGAUCGACGACGCCGAGAGUUCGUUGUGCCGGUCCGUCUUGAUCAACAACACGGUGAAGAGGCUGCAGGCCGAGACCAGGGACGACCGGACUACGGGACGGACGUCGCCCGCCUCACCACCGUCGCCGACGUCCGCCGGUUACGGUUACCACGGUCCUCAGCAGUCGCAACCCUGUGGCGGCCCUGGUGGUAACCCACAGCUCGUGGACAUCACCAACCUCAGGGAAUCGUCCUGCACCAAUGGCACCGGCAGCGUUGGAGUUGGCGGUAACGCGGUCACGGUCGGCAAGACCCUGGCUAACAACAAUAACAACAACAACAAUAUUAGCAGCAACAACAACAACAACAAACCGCUGACGGAAGCUCAGUCGUUGUUGUUGGCGGCCGACCACCACCAUCACCACCUACUACACCACCACCACUUACAACACCACCACCACAAUAACAACCACCACCACCACCACCACCAUCACCAACUACAACAACAACAACAACACCACCACCUCCACCACCACCAUCACCAGCAGCAGCAGUCGUCGUCGGCGACCGCGUCUGGUGGACCGUUGCCGUACGGGUACGAUGACGAAGUGGACGACGAAGACGUUGACGACCAAGAAGUAGAUGACGACGACGUGGACGAUGACACGAUCGCGUCCAUAAUGAUGCAACUACCGUCGUCGUCACCGCGCGGCAAGCGGAAGCGGUGUGUGGACGAACCGCUCGACGACCUGUUGUCGCAGUUCAUCAACAACAACCAGCGUGAGGACGAAGACGUGAACGUGGUGGACCUGGACCUACACGAGUAUCCGGCAGCCAAGAGACUGAGGACGGAUGAGGCAGCCGCCGCGGCGGCCGCAGCCGCAGUGGCCGCCGUCGUGGCGGGGACUACCCCGUCGGCAGCAGACUCCACCCCGUUGGCCACCGACCUCUGUUCGCCCGACUGCUGGUCGCUGAUGGACGCGUGCUGUGACGACUCCCUCGACCUGUACGGCGGCCAGGUGCCGGCCGCGGUCGAACAUCAGGAUGUGCUGCUGCAGCCCACCACCGUCACCUCCGCAUCGGUAGACUGCUGUUCGUCGCUGUCGCUGCCACCGCCGCCCCCGUCGCUCGGCGAACAGCAUCAGCAUUACGGCGUGGCCACAUCGUCGUCGUCGGCCACUGGGUCCACGUCGCCGACGAACCUGUCUUGCGGACAGGCGUCCAUGUUCAGCGAGAUGCAGUCGGCAAUGUUCCGCAACCUGAUCGCCUCGCUUGAGUCAUAACCGCCAUCGCUGUCGUCACCCGACGACCGGUAAGGUGGUCGACAAACCUAACAAAAACGUACAUUUUUGUUUUCACUUAUACGACUGUCUCCUAAAGUUUAUAUUUUAUUUCAUUUAAUCGACUUCACACCUGUCUUUGCGACAUGUCCGCAGUGUGGUGUGCGUCUUAUCCUUUUACUACGUUUUUGUGCACAUGAUCACGUGCGAUAUAUGUGUUAUUAUUUUAUAUGCAGUCCGGGAGACUUAUUACAAAAAAUGACCAUUUUAUUUUAUUUUAAUAUUUUUAUGUGCAAUAAACGACCAAUUCGCGCAAAUGUUUUUUUUUCGUUUUUCUCUCUGUAUCUAUUUUUUUUUCAUUAUUAUUAUUAUUAUUAUUAUUAUUAUUAUCAUUACUUUAUAUUACUAUUAUAAAUAUAUAUAAAAUGUAUUUUUUUUUUGUUUUCGAAACGUUUUUCAAUGUUCGUACGAAUAAGUAUGCAUUUGAUUAUGUUUUUCAUUUUACGCAUAAUCAUAUGUAUCGUGAAUGACGUGUACAUAGAUAAUCAUGAUAAUUUAAUUAUGAAUAUUGUAUUUUUUGUUUUUUCGUAACUGUAGAUAAUCAAACAAGGGCUGUGUUAAAUUCAUCCAAUCGGUCUCUUUUUUUUUUUAAUCGAACGAAAAGAGUAUAAAAUAAAUUAAUAUAUGUAUGUAUAAAAUUAAAAUAUAAUAUUAUGAGAAUGUAUAACUAUAUAUUAUAUGAUAUUAAACAACAUAGACAAUAUAUUAUAUUAAAGUAGACAAUUUUAUAGAAAACCGAUUGGGGUAUAGGCUAAUCGGUAGUGAUAGUACAAAAAAAAAAAAAAAAAUAAGAAAAAAAAUGAUAAAUUC